AUGUCCUCAAAGAAGAAAAGCUCCAAAUCAUCCUCUUCCUCCUCAUCGGAUCAAGACAAUGAAAUGACUCAAGUGAUUGAUAUCAUUAAAUUUCCUCGUACUCCUCAUCUAUUCUCAACGAACAAGGACGUUUCUCGUGAUGAUCUCGUGUUGGAUGAGAGAGAUGUGGCCUCGAGUUUUUAUUCUGCAGCCAGUGCUCCGUUCAUUACUCUGGAAGAGAAGAUUGAUGGAUCUAAUUUGGGAAUUUCACUCGAUGUUGAGUCCUAUAAACUGAGAUGUCAAAAUAGAUCACACUAUGUUACAUGCCAAUCGCAUUCCCAAUUCAAAACAUUGCAGUCGUGGUUGGAUGAACAUUGCGGAGAACUCUAUGCUCUUCUUUCCGACAACAACAAUGGAUAUAUUCUUUAUGGAGAAUGGGUUUAUGCCAAACACUCAAUAUUGUAUGACAAAUUACCAGACACAUUUAUUGCAUUUGAUAUUUAUGACAAGCAUGCAGAAAAGUUUGUCUCUGUGCAGAAAAGAAAUCAGUUAUUGAGCUUGCAUGCCCCCACUUUGUGCAUUAUUGAACAAAUUCCAAAUAAUAACAACAAUGGAGGAUGCCUCACUAAGGAAUAUCUCAUGCAUUUACUGAAUACGUACAAGUCACACUACUCCUCGACGAAUGAACCUAUUGAGGGUGUCUAUAUUCGAAUUGAUGAGGGUGACUAUUUAAAGCAAAGGGCAAAAGUUGUGAGAAGCGAUUUUAUUCAAGCCAUUGACACUCAUUGGUCUACCAUGGAAUUAGUGAAGAACAGAGUUGACUUUUCAUUAAAAAAGUACUAA